GAGGAGGAGGAGGAGGAGGAGGAGGCGCUGGCAGCGCAGGGCUGGCAGCAUGCUGGCGCCCGCGCCGAGGUCGCGGCGGCGGAGGAGGUCCUGCGGGCGCAGUUCCGCGUGUCAGCGUCCGAGGGGGCGGAGUUUUGGCAGCAAGGCAGGGCCGCGUCCGAGGCCAGACCUGCGGCGGAGGCGCUGGCCGCGCAGGUGGGCAGGCUGGAGGUCGAGAAGGCGGAGCUAUGCCAGAAGGCCGACGCGUGCGCGGAAGCUGCGGCGGCGCAGGAGGCACUGCGGGCACAGGUCGGCAGGCUGCAGGUCGAGAAGGCGGAGCUUCAGGAGCAGGCCGCGGCUGCUGCUGCCCACGCCGGAGCCGCGGGCGACACGCUGGCAGCGGGGGCUAGCAGGCUGGAGCUCACGAGCGCGGAGCUGCGACAGGAGGACGGCAUGCGUACCAGGGCCAGUGCGGCGGAUCCGGCGCUGGCAGCGCAGGUUCACAGGCUGGAGAUCGAGAAGUCAGAGCUCCAGCAGAAGGCAGACGCCGGCGCUGAGGCUACGGCGGCGAAAGAGACACUGCGGGGGGAGCUCGGCAGACUGGAGUCCAGUCAUGUGGAGCUUCAGCAGCAAGCCACCAUUGUGGCCGAGGUCAGCUCUGUGGAUAAAGCGUUGGCGGUGCAGGUCGACAGGCUGGAAUCCGAGGAUGUGGAGUUCCAAGGCGAAGCCAGCGCAUACGCCAGUACCAAGGCCGAGGAGGAGGUUUUGCGGGCGCAGCUCGGCAGACUGUCCAAUGCCAGGGAUGAGGCGCUGGCAGCGCAGGUCAGCAGGUUGGAAUACGAGAAAUUGGUGCUCCAAGAGCAGGGCGAAGAAUCGGAGGAGGCACUGGCAGAGCAGGUCAGCAGGACGGAGUUCAUGCAAACGGAACUAGAACAGAAGACCAACGCCUGCGUUGAGGUUACGGCGGCGGAGGAGUUUCUGUGGGCGCGACUUGGCCAAAUGGAGUCCGAGAAUGCGGAGCUUUUGCAGCAGACUCGUGCUGUGACCGAGGCCAAAGUCGCAGAGGAGGCGCUGGCAGCGCAGGUGAGCAGACUGGGAUCCGAAAAUAAGGAGCUCCAACAGAUGGCCAAGUCUGCGGAGCAUGCGCUGGCAGCGCAGGCCAGUAUGCUGACGUCCGCGGAGGCGGAACUCCAGCAGCACGCCAACGCACGCGCUGAGGCCACGGCCGUCAAUGGGGCUAUGCGCGCGCAGCUCGGCCGGCUGGAAGCCGAGAUCGCGGAGCUGCAUCAGCAGGGCAGCGCAGACGCCCAAGCCAGAGCCGCGAGCGAGGCGCUGUCAGCGCAGGCUGGCAGCCGGGAGCCCCAGGCCGUGGAGCUGCGGCAGCAGGCCAGAGCCGCGGAGGAGGCGCCGACCGCCCAGCUCGGCACGGCAGAGGCCGAGGCCCGGCGGCAGCAGGCCGAGGCAGCGGAGGAGGCGCUGGCAGCGCAGGUCGCCAGGCGGGGGUCCGAGGGGGCGGGCCUCCGGCCGACGGCCCACGCCCUGGAGGAGGCGCCGGCAGCGCGCGCCGGCAGGCCAGGGCUCCAGAGGGCGGAGCUCCGAGGGGAGGCGGCGGCGGCGGCGGCUGGGGAGACGCUGCGGGCGCUGGCCGGCAGGCGGAAGGGCGAAGAUGCGGAGCUCCUGCAGCCGCAGCAGGCCAACGCGUCUGCCGAGGCUGGCAAGUCUGCGGAGGGGGCUCUGGCAGCGCACGUCGGCUGGCUGGAGUCCGAGGGAGCGGGCCUCCAGGCAGCCACGGCCAGGCACAAGGUGCUGGCAGCGCAGGCCAGCAGGCUGGACUCCGAGAAGGCGGGGCUCGAACGGAAGAAGGCCAGCGCAUGCGCGCAUGCCGAGGCCACGGAGGAAGCGCGGGCGGCGCAGGUCAACAGGCUGGAGCACGACACGACGGAGUUCCAGCAACAGGUCAAUGCAUGCGUUGAUGCCAGUGCCGCGGAGGAGGCGCUGGUAGCGCAGGUGCGCAUGCUGGAGCACGGGAAGUCUGAACUCCAGAAGGCCGACGCCUGCCCCGAGCCCACGGUGGCGGACGAGACUUUGCAAGCGCAGCUCGGCGGGCUUGAGGACGAGAGCGCGGAGCUUCAGCAGCACGCAGAGUCCGCGGAGGUAGCGCUGGCAGCGGCGGUCGGCAAGCUGGAGUUCGAGAGGGCGGAGCUGGAGCAGGAAGCCCGCGCCAGGGAGGAGGCGCUGGCAGCGCAGGUCAGCACAGUGAAGUCAGAGACGGCGGAGCUCCCACAGCGGGCUGGCGCGUGCGCUGAGGCCACGGCGGCGCGGGAUGCGCCGCGAGCGCAGAUCGACCGGCUGGAAGACGACACGGUGGAGCCUGAGGAGCAGGCCGAUGCGGUGCCCGAUGCCAAAUUUGCGGAAGAGGCGCCGUCUGCUCAGGUCAGCAGGCGGGAGUCCAAGGAGGAGGGGUUCCCACAAGAUGCCGACGCAUGCGCCGCGAUGACCAGCCAGGAGGAGGAUGAGGUGGAGGCCCCGGCAACGAAGUCCGCCCACUUGGACUCUGAGAAGGCGGAGCUGCAGCAGGAGGCCCAAGCAGGGGAGGAGCUGCUGGCAGCACCGGUCACCACGGUAAAGUCGCAGACGGCGGAGCUUCAGCAUUGUGCUGGCGCAUGCGCUGAGGCGACGGCGGCGGGAGAGGCGACGCGGGCGCCGUUCGUCAGGCCCAGCAGUCUGGAGGACUUCCUGCACGACGAGGAGGCUGAUCCUCAGCAGCAGUGCAGUACCGCUUCUGAGGCCAGGGCCGCGGAGGAAGCGCUCGCAGCACUGGCCAGCAGGCUGGAGUCCGAGAGGGCGGAGCUCCAGCAGUCGGCCGACGCACGUGCAGGGGCCACGGCGGCGUUGGAGGCGCCGCGGGCGCAGCUCGGCAGACCGGAGGGCGGGGAGGCGGAGAUGCUCGAAAGCCGCAGCGGAGUCGUGCUGAGCGCUGCGGAGGUGGCGGCGGGGGACGCGCAGCCGAAGCAGAUGGGCAGGGCGAGGCGCAAGGGGGUUGCGACAGAGAGUAUCGAUAGCGGUAAGGUCAAGAACUACGUCAAGCCCGUUUUCGCCAAGGACCAGGGGACGAUCGAGGAGCUCGAAGUCAAGCUCAAGGAGGAUCCACAGAUGCAGGUCCUGUUUGGCCACCUGGACUCCGCAGGUCUCCGGGAUGUGGUCAACGCGUUCCAGCCGAAAGAUGUCUCUCAAGGGGUUGAUAUCAUCCGUCAGGGAGAUCCUGGCGACUGUCUCUACUUCAUUCUUAAGGCUUACGCCAUGCCGCAGCCCGUCAGACGGAAGAACGACGAGGUGGGCGAGGGUCGGCGGCUCAAGGCUGGCAGCGUCGACGUCUUCGUGGCGAGGCCCGGCCCGGCGGGCGCGAGCGAGGCGGGCGGCAGGGGCCCGAAGGUCACCACGCUGGGCAGCGGCGCGCUGUUUGGGGAACUGGCGCUGCUGUACAACACCCCGCGCGCGGCGACGGUCACGGCCGCGUCGGAGGAGGUGAGCACUUGGCGGCUGGACGCCCUUGACUUCAAGAUGCUGCGCGUGCAGUCGAGCCAGGAGCAGUACGAGAAGUACGAGGGCUGGCUGUCGAGGGUGGACCUGCUCCAGACGCUGGACCACUGCGAGCUCUCCAGGCUGGCCGACGCCAUGGAGGGCCAGAGGUUCUCGGCCGGGGACACGAUCAUCAGGCAGGGCGACAAGGGCGACAGGUUCUUCAUACUGGAGUCGGGGUCCGCCGUGGCGUACAUCCAGGGCGACGCGGGCGAGAAGGAGGUGAACCGAUACUGCAGCACGGGCGACUACUUCGGGGAGGUCGCGCUCCUAACAUCGGAGCCGCGCAAGGCCACGAUCCGGGCCGCCGCGGAGGGGUGCACCGUGGCGUCGCUGGUGGCGUCUGACUUCGCAAAUCUUCUGGGCCCUCUGAGCGACCUCCUGAGGGAGCAGGCGGACAAGUACCCGCAGUACAGGGACUUCAUCAACAAGGCUACGGAGGAGGCGUUGGCGCCGAAGGCCGCCCAGCUGGAGCCCCAGAGGGCGGAGCUGCGGCAGGGGGCCCGGGUGGGGGAGGAGGCGCUGGCGGCGCCAGGCAGCGGCUGGGAGUCAGAGACGGCGGAGCUCCCACAGCGGGCUGGCGCGUGCGGUGAGUCCACGGCGGUGGGAGAGGCGCCGCGGCCGCAGUUCGAUAGGCUCGGCAGUCUGGAGGACUUCCUGGACGACGAG